UAUUGAUUGAUUAAUGAACUGAAUAUUUCAUGUGUCCGGUGGUGCCUUUUAUUUUCCCUUACUGGUGGCAUUAUCCUUGGCCAGAGCGCAACGUCUGGGUCCUGAUCCUUCCGCCCAGCACGACUAUUGCUGCCCCGUUGACAUUGUAAUUGAAUCAAUAAUAAAAUCAAAAUGUACGACGAUGACAAUGACACUUGGAUUUCGAUUUCGACUUCAACUCCGACUUUCCGUCUCCGUCUGGACAGAAACCCUCGUUCCCCGUCCUCCGUCUUCCGCGUUCGCGUCUGUCUCUGAAUCCAUGUCCGUGUUCGUUUCGCUGUCCGUGUCAUCGUGUCAUCAUUUCAGCAAGGAACGGGAACGGGAAUGGCAACGUCACCAUCGCCGGCUCUCGAGUGCCGGACCCCCCUUUUUGAAAUGCGCUGGGUAUAGGUGUAGGCAUCGAACUUGGUUUACGAUUCGGCCGGGUCAGAUCUACUCCAUAUACAUAUGUGGGUACACAAUUGGGAAAAUACUAGAAAACACCAAGAGUUCAGAUGGGAACUCAGAUUAUCACUGGACAGUACACUAAAAGGGUGUAUUACAUUGGAAUUGGAAAGUACCCAGAGACAUUGUGACAUCAAGCGGUGAGUAGUGAGCUCUUCUGAUAUGGUUGUUGUUUGCAGCGCGA